AUGAGCCGAAACAGCCCCGAGGUUGUCGACCUGACAACCAGAGCAAGGUCACCAACUAGAGCACCCCGACAAAAUCCUAUAUCUUUAUCCUCCUCCCCACCUGGCGCAUCGGACCACGCAUCCUCUUCCCAACAUGCACAGUUACAUUCUCCCCGCGGUGUCAAGCGCCGUCGAAAUUGGAGCGACGAGCACGGCACAUCCUCUUCGACUCUCUCCGAAGACGAGCCCAUCGAAACGAUCGAUAUGACGGACGACUCGGGCGCAGGCGCACUUGCUCGGGCAGUGGCCAAACAGAGGGAGGCUGCCGCGAAAGCACAGGCAGAAGAAGAGAGAAAUGCAAAUCUAUCCGCUAUACUCGCUUACAAAUGUCCCAUUUGCAUGGAGACGCCUGUGGACGCAACGAGCACCUCAUGCGGUGUGUUCUUGAUUCUCCACUAUACAGGAUUUGAGCAUGCCAGGGCUUCUACUGACUCCUCAUAUUUAGGACACCUCUUUUGUCACAAGUGCAUCAUCGAUUGCUUGAAGAUGAGCGAACAAACACGCGGCGGUGACUCCUCGAAACAACACAAGGGCACUUGUCCAGUGUGUCGUACGCCGAUUUCUCGCAAGGAGACGCCUGGGAGGUCUAAGAAUCUCAUUCCGUUGUUGUUUCAAACGAGAAAGAGAGGUGAUCUACCCGCACCUGGCCCAUAG